AUGCGAAGAUAUAAUCCGGAUUUUGUUCGAUCUUCGACGACCGAAGCGGAUUCUGACAGUAAUUCCGAAGAUGAAUCCUAUAGCAAUUCAUACAGUGACAGUGAAUUUGCCAACUGGGAGCAAUACGUGUGUGAAGAUGGAUCAUUGUUUUAUAUUGAAUACAUACCGAUCGAUAUGUGUAAAACAACAGCACCAACAAUGGAAGCAACAGGUGAAGGUAAAGUUGAAUUCCAGAGAGAUUUGCCUUCGAGAAGUGGCAAAAAAGGCAGUCGAAGGCCAAACAAAGAAGAAGAUAAGCCGCCACCAAAAGCAACAAACGAUAGUAUUUUAUUUAGCAAUGUGAACACCAGUGAGGAUAGCUGCAAAACCCUGGAAUUAGUGAUUACUGCUGCCGAUCGAUAUCGUUUUGGUCGUCGGUCAACAGCUGUGGAGUCUAUAUUGGGAUUUAGUGUGGUGCCCUUUGUUGAUAAGCCGGAAUGUUUAAUGGUGGAUGCUUUCAUUCAUGAUAUGCCUGAAUUCUUCCAACAAGGAAAACACAUUCCCAUAGGCAGGGGAGAUUGGUUGAAAUCGUUGGACAACAUUGAAAUUAGAGCCAGCAAUAUUGAUGACUUAUUGUUGCAGUUCGACGAGCCUACAAAGGUUUGCCUUAAGUUUCAAGGCCAAAACUCUCUGGCUUCUUCUGUAGACCUAAGAAAGGAAACUGAGGGUAGUGGGCCAACAUAUUCCAAAAUCGAAAAUUACUCGCAAUUUUCCAUGCAAUUCGAACAGUUGCAAAAAUCUUUGGAAAAUACAGCUUCGAUGGCAUUUGGUCUUCUGAUUUUGCCACCGGAAUGCUAUCAAAAUGACGAACAUAAAAAAUAUAAUCCGGAUUUUGUUCGAUCUUCGACGACCGAAGCGGAUUCUGACAGUAAUUCCGAAGAUGAAUCCUAUAGCAAUUCAUACAGUGACAGUGAAUUUGCCAACUGGGAGCAAUACGUGUGUGAAGAUGGAUCAUUGUUUUAUAUUGAAUACAUACCGAUCGAUAUGUGUAAAACAACAGCACCAACAAUGGAAGCAACAGGUGAAGGUAAAGUUGAAUUCCAGAGAGAUUUGCCUUCGAGAAGUGGCAAAAAAGGCAGUCGAAGGCCAAACAAAGAAGAAGAUAAGCCGCCACCAAAAGCAACAAACGAUAGUAUUUUAUUUAGCAAUGUGAACACCAGUGAGGAUAGCUGCAAAACCCUGGAAUUAGUGAUUACUGCUGCCGAUCGAUAUCGUUUUGGUCGUCGGUCAACAGCUGUGGAGUCUAUAUUGGGAUUUAGUGUGGUGCCCUUUGUUGAUAAGCCGGAAUGUUUAAUGGUGGAUGCUUUCAUUCAUGAUAUGCCUGAAUUCUUCCAACAAGGAAAACACAUUCCCAUAGGCAGGGGAGAUUGGUUGAAAUCGUUGGACAACAUUGAAAUUAGAGCCAGCAAUAUUGAUGACUUAUUGUUGCAGUUCGACGAGCCUACAAAGGUUUGCCUUAAGUUUCAAGGCCAAAACUCUCUGGCUUCUUCUGUAGACCUAAGAAAGGAAACUGAGGGUAGUGGGCCAACAUAUUCCAAAAUCGAAAAUUACUCGCAAUUUUCCAUGCAAUUCGAACAGUUGCAAAAAUCUUUGGAAAAUACAGCUUCGAUGGCAUUUGGUCUUCUGAUUUUGCCACCGGAAUGCUAUCAAAAUGACGAACAUAAAAAGUCGCUCUAUUAUUACCCUGAUAAUCCCGAUAAUUUUCUGUACAAGGCACGUGGAAGCUUCCUCACGCUCAGUACAGUUCUAACGGAGGAAUUAAAGACAAAGCCGUUCGCAUCGCAAUUGUCUUUCAAUAACGAGGAAUAUGUUGUUUUCUAUCGCAAUUUGAAUGGCUUUCUUGUAUUGUUUUCGUACCUUGCCUCUAUGGUAACAAUUCCCGAAGGUAAUCUGCGUGCCGAUGAACUGUUGACAUACAUUUCGUUUAUGCAGCCACAAAUGAGCUUGGAUAGUUUUAAAAAUGCCACAUUUAUUCAAUUUAUGCACAAUUUCUGCAACAUUCAACGUAUUCGUCUGAUGUGUCAGAAGGAUAGACACAGAGGAGGAUUCCCUUUGGAAGAAGCUAUUAAGGAAUCACGACAUUUACCCCUUCCAAAAGAGGCGCAAUUGCGCAUUUUCGACGCCCUAAGUGAAAUGGAAGCCAUGGAUUAUCGCAACUGGAACGAUGAGCCAUUGAAUACACAUCGCGAGUUCUUCAUUUACGGCAGUACGCUGUACUACGAUUGUUUUAUGCUGACAUCACAAAUGCCCCUGGAAAUGCGACAAUACGUUGAGACAUUUCUGCGUUGUCGUGGUGUGUUCGAAUUCAGUGCUAAGCAUGGCACCAAGGAACUUUAUAUUUGGGAAGAGGUUAAACUUCCGGAUAUGAGUGAUAGGUACUUCUUGGCAGUUUGUGGCCGUGGACACUUGUUAUUAACCGUUAUUUUGAAACUAUUUUGUCCCCCCGAUUUUGAUAUAAAUUCUAAAGUGCUUCCAUCUUUGUUCUAUAUCGAAGAAAUCCAGGAGACACUUGAUCAUCUCUUGCAAUGUGGUAUUGAAUCGUUGGCAAUGUUCUGGGCAGUUUCGAACAAACGUCCGGAAGUACAAAACCUUUUUGCGGAUGGCAAACUGUUGGACUCGAGCAAAGAAGGAAAGAGAAACGAUUUAACACUAAUACGAAGAAAAUCAUCGCCCUCUUCAGCCAGUGCGAGUCAUGCGCAACGAAGUGUCCACUAUGAAGAGGAUACGCAAUUGUGUUCGUCUUUGGGUGGUUCAUCGGUACACAGUUUAACACCAAGUGAGGAUGAUUCAAGCAAGAAACGACUCAUUGCGAAUGCAGAUGACAGCGACAGUGGUUCGGACUGGGAGAAUUUCAUGGAAGAAAAUAUAUUACGCUGUGCUAUAGAUGCGGAAUUACAAUCUCAGGUCACCGAAUCCCUGUGGAAGGAAAUUAGUAAUGUGGUGCCCAUAAAUAUAUCAUCGGGAUGCCUUAAUAACAUUUACUAUUACAUUUAUGUGGAUGGCACCAAUUGUACAUCAUUCUCGCCCCUGAAGUCUGCAAAGGAUACGGCGCCUUUUGCUCGGGAAAUGCAUUUGGGCUUUCAUGCAAUACGCAAAACAUUGCGAUCGACCAGACAUAGACGAGACUGGCAGAGGACUCAGAAUACACGAGACCUAAUGAUUCCAAUAAAAGAACAUGGACUGACUGUGCAAGUGGUUGAUAAAACUUCUCUGGAGAAGUAUAAAUUUGCCGUUAUUGGACGCUUGUUUUUGUCGCCACCUCGAGAAGUUUAUAUUUGUCAUAGACCAGAUAUGCCUGCAAAUAUGGUAGAGUUAGCAUUCAGGUUGUCGUUUUUUGCUUCCGGUUAA